GAUACCCUCCCUGCCUCUCUCUCUCUCUCUCUCUCUCUCACACCACCACGUUUUCCUCUUCCCCUUCAACCCCACCAACUACAUUUUUUUUCUUCUUCCAGGGUGGAGAUGCUCGUCUGACUCCUUUAUUCCCAAUCCAAGACUUUAUAGUGGAUUUUUCUCCUCCUGUGAUACUUUCUUGCUACCUGUGGAGGUCCCCCCUCUUUUCCACUCUUGGUUCUCUCUGGUUCUCCUGCCAGCCGUCGCACCGAGCGCAGCCCCACAGAGAGGCACCAUGCUGGGAUUGGACGUGUGCGAGUUCGGGGGUCAAGUGCUGGAGCUGCUGUGGCUCACAAUGUGCUACAGAGGUGUGAUGGCUGACAAGAAGGAUUUGCCGAUAGAAGAUGAAGAGGACGAGAGAAAGCUGAACUACAAUCCCCCUGCUCAGAAGUCUUUGGAGGAGAUCCAGGAGCUGGACAAAGACGAUCAGAGUCUGGUCAAAUACAAGCAGACUCUGCUGGGGACGUUACCUGUUACAACAGACCUCUCUGUGCCUAAUGUCCAGGUGACCAGACUAACUCUACUGUGUGACUCAGCUCCUGGACCAGUCACCAUGGACCUGACAGGAGACCUGAAAGCUCUGAGGGAGAAGACCUUUAUCUUAAAGGAAGGAGCAACAUACAGACUAAAGAUAGACUUCAAGGUGAACAGAGAGAUUGUUUCUGGUUUGAAGUACCAUCACGUGACCAGCAGAAAAGGAAUAAUUGUGGAAAAGGUGUCCCACAUGGUGGGAAGUUACGGCCCGAAAGAGAAGGAGCACGAGUACGUGAGCCCGCUGGAUGAGGCCCCUAUAGGCAUGAUUUCCCGAGGCCACUACCAGAUCAAGUCCCGCUUCAUCGAUGACGACAAGAUUGUCUACUUGGCGUGGGAUUGGAACUUAGACAUCAAGAAGGACUGGGAUUAAUGAAGGCAGAGAGAUGAUGAUGCUGCCUUUGCUAUGAUCUACUUUUCUUCUUUACCUCCCUGUUUCCCUUCUCUUCUUCUCUCCUAACUCCUCCUCCAUUUUCUCCCCAGUCUGUUGACGCCAUGUCUCCUGAAACCUAAUGAGGACUUGAGAGAAAGCAGUCCCCUUCUCUCUGCCUUCUGUUUUCUAUAUCAUAACACAAAUUGUGGCUUUUUGGAGACGCCCUUAUCUUUUUACUUUCAUUUUCUUUUACUCAUCGUUUCUUACCUCUGUCAUGUUUUUAAGCUUCAUAACCUGGAGAAGCAGGUCUUUAAAGGACCCCAGCUUGAGGCACAUAGGAAUAUACGAUAGAUUAUUACAAAAUCCAAAUGAGAUUUCAAGAGAGAAGCCAUGAAUUAUGUGCAAAAUGAGCCUAUAAGAAUGCUUAGUUGGAGUUUAAGUUGAGCAGAAAUUAUUGGCCUAGAGGCCUCUUGUAGCUGUAAAACAGACCUGAGCAUCAUUAAGCUUUAUGACUUCUACAGUGUUAUAAUAUUCUAGAAGCAAGUGUCUGAAUAUAGCUGAGCAAAUGGCAAGCUUUAAAUGCUAGAGAUAAAUCUGGUAGGUUCUUACAGCCAAAAUAAACACAAAAGCUGAGUUUCAGUUGCAGGCCAUCGACGAACUUAACCUUUCUGAUUAAAUCUCCUAAGGCACCAUGGGAAACUGAGUUCCAAAGUAGACCUGGUAAGACCUCCCAGCGAUUAUAGGCCUCCGAGACGUCUACAGUUUACCAGAAAGUGAAAGUGCAGUGAUGACAAAAGAUGGAAGCUGUGGGUGUUUCUGUCAAAGUAUAACAUGUAUGGGAUGAACACCAGGCCCAGUGACCUUUGACCUCCCAAGAUCCAAUCAGUUCAUCCUUAAAUCAGAGUGGAUGCUAGUGCAAAGUUUAAAGAAAAUCCUUCACGGUUCUUGAGAUAUUACAAUCACAAGAAAUGGUUAAACAUGAGGCCCAAUGACCUUGACCUGUGACCCUGGAAAUCUGAACACUUCAUCUUUGAGUUAGAGCGGGCAUCAGUGGGAAUUUUAAAGAAAACCCAUCAAUGGGUUCACUAGGUAUUGCAUCCACAGCAAUGAGGCCUAAUGACCUUGACCUUUAACAUGUGACCUUGAAACUCCUUGAGUCAUAGUGGACAUUUGAGCUGAGUCUGAUUAGUAUCUCUAAAAGCAUCUUGAGAUAUUGUGUGCAACAAGGAUUAAACAUGAUGGCUUAUAACUUAGACCAGGGGUGUCCAAACUAUGGUCACGUGGGCCAUUUUUGAUGUUUUGUCCCAUAGCAAAUUCUAAAAGUAAAGGUAAAUAUAGUCCACAUUACAAUAUAAAGUUUGUGCUUUUUGUAUAGUACUUCUUGGUUUCAUUGUUAACUUGGUAAACAAACAUUUUGACAAGUAGAAUUAUAACAAAAUUGAGAUGACACUGUAAAUGGUAGGCAGAAUGGCAACCAAAAUAACAACUGUAGCUUGACUCAACGCCCUAAUGGCUUACAGCAGCAAAUAGUAGUACCAAUGGCAUUCCAGGGACAGAGCCAGGGCUGACUCAGCACCCUGCAGUCUGAUAGGCCUCCCCCAAAUCCUCUUUAAUGAUUGACUGUUGCUUUGUAAGCCAUUAACAAGUCAUUUAAGCAUACCCAAUCACUAAGCAUAUCUUAACCUACAACAUUAGUUUUACUAACUAGGUAAAAUAUAAGAAAGUGGCCCCACCAUUCUUAAAUUUUUUCUGCAUUUGGCCCUCUGUGGAAAAGGUUUGGACACCCCUGAUGUAGAUGUACGACCCCCAUAAUUUGAACAGCUCCUUCUAGAGUCAGAGUGGAUGUUUAUGUAAACUCUAAAGAAAGUUCUUUCAAGGGUUCUUAACAUAUUGCAUCUAAAGCAAAGCAUGAACACAAGCUCUAAUGGUCUUGGCCUUUGAAAUCCAUACCUAAUUAGUCCACUUGAGUCAGAGUGGUCAUUUAUGCAAGGUUUAAAGAAAGUCCCUCCAAAAGCUCUCUAGAUAGCUCAUUCACAGCAAGUAUUAAACAACAGGCCCAGUGACCUUGACCUCUUUUAUCCUUGAGUCUGAGUGGACAGUUCUGCAAAGUCUGAGGAGAAUCCCUUUAAAGGUGAAGAUUGCAAGCAAGGGAUGAAGAUAAGGCGUGAGGACUUUGACGUUCGACCUGUGAGCUCUCAAAUCGAAUCCAACCCACCUUCAGUCAGAGUGGACACUCGUGAAAAGUCUUGAUAAAACCGCUCGAAGUGUUCUUUAGAUAUUGUGUUCAAUAGAAACGCCUGACGGAUGGAUGGACAACACAAAAACAUAAUGCUUUCAGCCUUGGCUAUUGCCAGCACAGAGGCAUAAAAAGCACAUGAGUUAGAUUUAUAUUUGCUAUUUUAUUUCCAUUUCCCCUUUUUUAGUCAGGUCUUAAAUGAUACCUUUCAUACUCCUAACUUAACUCAUUUUAUAAACAUGUUCUUUUUGUACCAUGUCUGAUGUAAUGAUUGGCUGAACUUGAACAGAAUAAGGGGUUCAUCAUUGUUAAUUUAAUGGUGCCUUUUAUUGUGUUUUAUAAAUGUUUACACCUUAACUUUUUUGCAUUAUACCAUUGCCAAUUUUUCUUGCCUCCAACAAAUCAGACACAUUUUUUGCAGAAGAAACAAUAGUGCAGUAUCGAUUUGAUCAACUGCAUCUGCUACAGAAAGUUUUCACUGAAACCACCACUCUUUUUAACCCAUAGAUAAAACGGUUCUUUAAGAAGAGGUAGCUUUUCUUAAAAGAUCUCUCAUUGAGAUCUCUGGCUUGUGCUUUAUCAACUUUAGACAUUUUAAUAUUUCUGUUUCCCAAGUCUUGGUGGAGCUUUUUGAGCAUAGACCAAUGAACGACUGUAACUAAACUGUGCAUAGUGUAGAAAGAGAUGCAUGUACGUCCUUUAGGAUUUGAUACCCAGUAAAAAACUUACAAAGUAAGCCCUUUCUAAACCUCUCUGGUAUCAAAUGUGAAUAUAAUUCUGCUUUGAACAUUAAAGACAGAUAGUAGCAGAAACAUGGAGUAUUGUCUUAGAGGAGGAUGGAUGAGAUACCCUUAAAAAUAAGAAAUAUCAUUACUGUGUUAAGUCUUUGGAUAUGAUAUUGUCAUUGUUGCUGAGCAUACUGAACAUUGAAAACCAUUUGAAAUCGUUGUGAUCUAAGACUAACUGUAAAUGUAGGCUUGUUGGGUGUUGCAUGGUUAAGCAAGAUUCUCUCUUCCUUUUUUACGACUAUUGUAAAAUUCAUUGUGAUUAAAAAAAAGAUACUAACGCAAUAUCCAGAUGUCAAUGGUUGCCAUAUACUUCAGAUACAGUGAUUACAGGGAUGUUUUUAAAGGACACGAGAGCUGGGGACAUUUGUCUGUAUAAUAACCCCGGCU